AUGGCCUACAACACGAAUAUGGCAAAUUCGCCUCUCGAGAAUGGAUCGGCGAAGCCAAUACCAACGGCGCCGCUGUCAUUGAACCAAACCCGCCGACAGGAAAGGUACACCUCUCCCACAGCGACAAUUUUCAGAGUACUUACUACCCUCAGCGACUUUAAAUUCCAUCCAGGGAAACCAAUUUUUCUCCCAGGAGGACCGCCAGGUGGACGAAGGUUGAAUGACAUCAUUUUCGGCACCAAGAUUGCGGAUGGAUGGACCGAGUACAUCCACCCAGAUGGAAAGCUGUACUUUCACCACCAGAAAUGGCGCGUAGUGACCGAAGCGAACUUACGCAACACAGAAGUGGCGGAGAAGGUGGAACGCGCCUACCUCGCGCUCAUCGAGAUGUGGAACGAGUUCAAAGCGCAAAAGCCGAGCCUGAGUGCCGUCAGCGAAGAUUGGCUCGAGAUAUACAUUGGGCUCGGUCCGGAAGUGCAGUACUACUACUACUUCGUCAACCACCAGACGCAAGAAGUGUUCUGGCUUACGAAGAUCCGCCGAGGCGAAGGGUUCUUAGGACCUAUGGAUACGAAGUCAGAAGGGGCAAGCUACGAUCCCCUCAUUCGACAUCAAUAUUACGCCCACUUGGCCGCGUUUCCUUGUCAUAACGAGGCCCCUGAAGACGGUAUUCAGUUCCUUCUUGAAUUCCUGGAGUAUGUCUGCGCGGACGAUCUUACGACAGAUUUCAAGGUGGCGCCAUGGGACCCGCCUCAAGCAAGGUCCCUCUUGAGUUACUUGGACGUACUUCUCAACAAACGCACAGGCCCGACGACAAAUGGUUUUAAAACCUGCUGCAUCGCUCGACUCCUAGUCGCCACCUAUGGAAGCCGCGCCGCCAACUACCACGCAACGCUGCGUGCAAUCAAUGACCGACCGACCUUCCCGCCCCCAGAACUGGCGCGGCCGCAUUUCCUACUCAGCCUGCUAUAUUUCUUUGGAAACGCAGCGUACAAGGACAGGUGGAGCAAAGUGCUAGCUGGGAAAACUGUCUCGGAUGCACAGUGGCGAGGACUUAUUGAGUCGUUCAAGGAGGAAUGGUCACAGUCAACUCUGUUGGCGGCUGUACUUCUCAUCCCCGAAGUCAUCUUCUUAUCGCUCGGCGGGCUUUCAGUCGCCGCCCGUACGUGUGGCAUUCUCGCUGUGUUCUUCGCACUCGGGACCCUCGUAACUGGGCCGCCUCUCGUGCCGAUGCACAGGCAUAGCCUGCAGUACAGUGGGCUCGAAGCUGUGCACCGAUUAUAUCAAGAAUAUUUCCUCAACACCCGGCAGCUUCCGACGCUCCUCGUUUCUUCUCGGCCUCCCACUCCCACUGUUCCUGUGGAGCUCGGUCUCGAUUACAUGCGCAUUGGCGAACCUGGCUUUCAGCCCUCACAAGUCGAUCUGGGAACACCGAUCCUCUUUGACCGGUGGAAGGGCCCCUUCAUCGCCGUCUUGCCUUUCGGAGGGUACGGAUUCGAGCUGCGAAAUCAUCCUGGCCGCAGGCCAAUCAAAUCAACGCUCGAUGUCCAGGUCCGGAUGGAGCGAAAGAAACCUACGUUCCUCCCGCGCCUUGUGCCGCACCUCUUCAAGCGCAGCCAGCCCCCGAAGUCAAAGCGGCGCCGGAAGAAACGAAAAUAUGGGCCGUCGCCGCUUAAAGACCAAGCGUUCCUAUAUGUCUGCGAUGUCCAAGUCGGGCUCGAAGGCAACGAGCCCGAGGCGAGUACACGAUCACUUCGAAACACUCGAGCGUGCACUCCAGUUCGGAAAGCAUUCCACUCCCCCGCUCCUCCAUGGAUUUCCGCAGACCCGGUCGUGAAAUUCUUCACCGUAGUCUACAGGCAGGAUCCCUCUCGCGCUGCGACCGCCUUCGACGACUACCGGCGCGCCCAUCCAGAUUGGGCAGGGAAACUCCUCGCUGUGCUGGCUUUCGGGAACAGGGAAGAAAAGCUGCUGGAGAACUUUUUGUUUUGGGACACGUUUGUUCGCGAUGACGAUGCCGCUGUGGAAAUGUUCGGGAGAGCUGUCGAGACGAUACACACGUCCCCCAGGCUUCGCCCGACCAACCAUCCGUUAUUGACGGGAUUAAUCGUUAUUGCAGCGCUGAGUACGUGUCGUGUUGUCUUGGAUGGGGCGUGCAAGCUCAUUGGUUCGAUUUGGUUUUGGCCUAGUUUUGCGAAUGGUGCUGUUGUUCCUCUUGUUGCCGCUGGAAAAGUUUAG